UCUAAAUCCAUAGCGUUACAAGAGAAAGUUCGGUUUUCAGGUUUAGGUUUCAUCAUCUUUAUGCCAUCCAGAAAACAUAUAUUUGUCAUACAAUAUUCAUUCAAACGAAUUGAUUUCAAGAAAAUGGGAUGAAAAUGGCGCUACAAGAAAUGGAUCUUGAACAAAAGAAACAGACGAGAUUCAACACCAAGCAUUUUGUGUUUGCUUGUGCUGUUUUUGCAUCUCUUAAUUCUGUUCUUCUUGGCUAUGAUGUAGGUGUAAUGGGUGGAGCAAUCAUAUUUAUGCAACAAGAUUUGAAGAUAAGUGAAGUACAAGUAGAAGUUAUCGUUGGAAUCUUGAACAUAGUUUCCUUAAUAGGAAGUUUAGCAGGGGGGAAGGCUUCUGACACUAUUGGUAGAAAAAGGACAAUGGCUUUUGGGGCCUUUAUAUUCCAGUUUGGUGUGAUCGUCAUGACGAUUGCACCAAACUUUGGAAUACUGUUGAUUGGUCGUCUUGUGGCCGGAAUCGGAAUUGGUUUUGCAGUAUUAAUCGUACCCAUCUACAUUGUCGAGAUAUCACCAACAACAUCUCGCGGACUUUUAACCUCGUUUCCCGAGAUUUUCAUAAACUUUGGGAUUUUAUUAGGGUAUGUGUCAAGUUAUGUUUUCCGAGGGUUACCCGUAAAUAUAAAUUGGAGAAUUAUGCUUGGAAUCGGAAUCAUCCCCUCGGUGUUCAUCGGAUUUGCGUUAUUAGUGAUUCCGGAGUCGCCGAGGUGGUUGGCGAUGAACAACCGGAUCGAUGAAGCCAGACUCGUUUUAUUGAAAACUAAUGAUAACGAAAUGGAAAUCGAUGAGAGAUUGAAUGAGAUUCGAAAAGUGGCUUUGAAUGCCAACGAUGCUCGAUUGGUUUGGAAGGAAUUGGUGAAUCCGACUCCGGGAGUUAAGAGAAUGUUGAUCGCCGGGUGCGGAAUCCAAUGUUUUCAACAAAUAACGGGAAUUGAUGCGAUCGUUUAUUAUAGCCCGAUGAUUUUUAAAAGCGCGGGAAUCACGGGGAAUUCCCGUCUACUUGGAACGACGAUGGCCGUUGGAUUCACAAAAGCAUUUGUGAUCGUGGUAGCGAUCGUUCUUAUCGAUAGAAUCGGGAGGAAACCGUUGUUGUACGUGAGCACAAUCGGAAUGACUUUAUGUACAUUAAGCCUCGGAAUCGCGUUUUCCGUUCUUAAGAAUAGUUCCAUCGGAAUGGAAUCGGUUGUGGUGUUUGUUUGCGGGAAUGUGGGGUUUUUCUCAAUUGGAAUCGAGCCGGUAUGUUGGGUUUUAAGCUCCGAAAUUUUCCCAUUACGGCUACGAUCACAGGCUUCGGCAAUUGGGGUGGUUGGGAAUCGGGUUAUUAGUGGCAUUGUGGCAAUGUCUUUCCUUUCAAUUGCCAGACGAAUUACAAUGGGUGGUGUUUUCUUUCUUUUUGCGAUAAUUUCUGGUUUUUCUGUUUUGUUUGUUCACAAAUGUGUUCCAGAAACGAAAGGAAAAUCGUUAGAACAAAUUGAAACGAUAUUCCAGAGUGCGAGGAGGGAAUUGGAGAUUGAAGAACAACGUCUAGUUAUGUCCAAAUCUAAAUAUUAAGUGGCAGUGUGAAUUAUGGCUAUAGAAUGAUUUUAGACUGUUUAGAACACAAUUAGUAAGUGAAUUUUAAGAGUAUUUUUUUUGUAGUCUA